AUCACUCUCCGGACGCGUCACCGCCCUCGUUUCCGAACACCCGGAGACCGGCAGUGGUAUUAGUGCUCGCGGGGCCGUGGUGGAGGGCGGCGUGCAGCCGUACUCGCUCCUACUCGCCCGCGGGUCGGCGCGCUAGCCCAGACGAGCGGCGACCAGGGCUGCGGGGCGGCCGGUCUGCACGCUCAGCCGCCGCCUGGGAAGCCGUGGCAGCUAGUCCCAGCUCCGAGAUGGGGAGCUGGCGAAGUUGACUAGCCCCCAGACCCGCGCUGCGUCCCUCCUGCCCCAGAGGUGUGUUGUCCUCUCCAGGAGGUGCCCGCACGCGGCCCUGCUCCAGGGGCUGCGGCCAGCGGUCUGUCGCGCGUGCUUGUUUGCCAAAGGAGCUGCCCCUGGGAGAAGACCCACAGAAGAGUUGUCUCCCCAGGGCAUACCUGCAGCCCAGCCCAGGGGCUCGGGCGGCCUGGAUGCGCAGGACCCAGCCCCGCAGCCGCUGACGCCGGGCGGCGGCGAAGUUUGGCUGCUGAGCGGCGCGGCGCAGGGCCACUGGACAGCGGGCACCCCAGCGGCUGCGGCGGCUGGAGGGAUGCCGGUGGGGGGCCUGUUGCCGCUCUUCAGCAGCCCGGCGGGCGGCGGCCUGGGCGGCGGCCUGGGCGGGGGGCUCGGCGGUGGCGGCAGCGGCGGCAGGAAGGGAUCCGGCCCCGCCGCCUUCCGCCUGACAGAGAAGUUCGUGCUCCUGCUGGUGUUCAGCGCCUUCAUCACGCUCUGCUUCGGGGCGAUCUUCUUCCUGCCCGACUCCUCCAAGCUGCUCAGCGGGGUCCUGUUCCACUCCAGCCCCGCCCUGCAGUCGGCCGCCGACCAUAAGCCCGGGCCCGGGGCGCGUGCCGAGGACGCGGCAGAUGGGCGAGCCAGGCGAGGCGAGGAGGGCGCGCCCGGGGACCCGGCGGCCGCCCUGGAGGACAACUUGGCCAGGAUCCGCGAAAACCACGAGCGGGCUCUCAGGGAAGCCAAGGAGACCCUGCAGAAGCUGCCCGAGGAGAUCCAAAGAGACAUCCUGCUGGAGAAGGAGAAGGUGGCCCAGGACCAGCUGCGUGACAAGGCUGUAUUCAGGAGGCUGCCCCCGGUGGACUUCGUGCCCCCAGUCGGGGCGGUUGGCCGAGAGCCGGCCGACGCUGUCAUCCGCGACAAGAGGGCAAAGAUCAAAGAGAUGAUGAAACAUGCUUGGAAUAAUUAUAAACGGUAUGCCUGGGGAUUAAAUGAACUGAAACCUAUAUCAAAAGAAGGCCAUUCGAGCAGUUUGUUUGGUAGUAUUAAAGGAGCAACAAUAGUAGAUGCCCUGGAUACACUUUUUAUAAUGGAAAUGAAAGAUGAAUUUGAAGAGGCAAAAUCAUGGGUUGAAGAGAAUCUAGAUUUUAAUGUGAAUGCUGAGGUUUCUGUUUUUGAAGUAAAUAUACGCUUUGUUGGUGGACUACUCUCAGCUUACUAUCUGUCCGGUGAAGAGAUAUUUCGAAAGAAAGCAGUGGAACUUGGGGUAAAAUUGCUACCUGCAUUUCAUACUCCCUCUGGAAUACCUUGGGCAUUGCUGAAUUUAAAAAGUGGGAUUGGAAGGAACUGGCCCUGGGCCUCAGGAGGCAGCAGUAUUUUGGCAGAAUUUGGAACUCUGCAUUUGGAGUUUCUACACCUGAGCCACUUAUCAGGAAACCCCAUCUUUGCUGAAAAGGUAAUGAAUAUUCGAACAGUACUGAACAACCUGGAAAAACCACAAGGCCUUUAUCCUAACUAUCUGAAUCCCAGUAGUGGACAGUGGGGUCAAUAUCAUGUAUCAGUUGGAGGACUCGGAGACAGCUUUUAUGAAUAUUUGCUAAAGGCAUGGUUAAUGUCUGACAAGACAGAUCUAGAAGCUAAGAAGAUGUAUUUUGAUGCUGUUCAGGCAAUUGAGACUCACUUGAUCCGCAAGUCUAGUACGGGGCUGACUUACAUCGCAGAGUGGAAAGGGGGCCUCCUGGAACACAAGAUGGGUCACCUGACCUGCUUUGCUGGAGGCAUGUUUGCACUUGGGGCCGAUGACGCUCCCACGGGCCUGACCCAGCACUACCUUCAGCUUGGGGCUGAAAUUGCCCGAACCUGUUAUGAAUCUUACAAUCGCACCUAUAUGAAACUGGGACCGGAAGCUUUCAGGUUCGAUGGUGGAGUUGAAGCCAUUGCUACAAGGCAGAAUGAAAAGUACUACAUCCUACGGCCAGAGGUUGUUGAGACUUACAUGUACAUGUGGCGACUGACUCAUGAUCCAAAGUACAGGAAAUGGGCCUGGGAGGCCGUAGAGGCCCUGGAAAAUCACUGCCGCGUGAACGGAGGCUAUUCGGGCCUCAGGGACGUUUACCUCAGACACGAGAGUCACGACGACGUGCAGCAGAGUUUCUUCCUGGCAGAGACACUCAAAUAUUUGUACUUAAUAUUUUCUGAUGAUGAUCUACUUCCACUGGAACACUGGAUCUUCAAUACCGAGGCACAUCUUCUCCCUGUACUCUGUACGAAUAAAAAGGAAGUUGAAGUCAAUGAAAAAUAAAAAGACAUUUUAUAUUUUACUCUGCUCCAUUCCCUUCACUGCAUACCUUAAUAAUUCCUUUUCUGGUAUUCAGGCACAUGAUGAAUUUUUAUCAGUAGGUCUGUGGUUAUUCUAAGUUCUAAAAUUGUUUUGCAGUCUUUUAUGUUUAUUUUCAUAGGCAUAGAUGGACCUAAAUUCCUUAUCAUAUCCUUUAUUAUUCAGUCAGUGGAUCACAGGUUUUUACUUUUUUUAAGUAAUCUCUGGAGUUCAUGAAGGUAUAUCAUUUUUAUUACACCGAAUAAAAUGGUAUACCAAUGACCUCUUAAUUACAAUUUUGAUUUGACUGCAAAACUUUUUCCUCCUCUAUGAGGAGAUGACGUCUGCUUUAAGCUGUAAUGUUUUGCCAUGUUGCAAAAAGCCAUAAUAAUAAAUUAAAUAUUAAAAAAGCUUUUUCCUUUUCAAUUUUAUGUUAAUCUGGUUUGUCUAUCCACCAGAGACAGAUCUUAUAACUGUGACAGACAGCCUCUUUAUGCGGGUCUAUCAUUAUUUGAUAGAAUGUCUUCUAAGAUACUUCAUUCACAUUGUAAUUCAAAUUAGAAUGUCAUUCCCAAAAGGAUCAUCUCAUGUUGACCUCAUUUCAUUGGAACCACAGUAUAUUUUUGUUGGUUAAUUAUAUUAGUGUUUCCUAAUUUGUGAAUUAGUUCUCAAAUUUUACUUUAAAUGCCCUGGGUCAUUUCUGGAUCAUGUCCUGGUUAACUUCUUCCAUCCCCUACCACACGAAUGGAGCUUUCAAGUUUUGCAGAGCUCCGCUAUUACUGAAUUAUAUUUUUUGAAAGAAAACAGUAUAACUUUUCAUGUGUUAGCUUUUGCUUUUAACGGAGUAUAUGAAGAAAUUGAGUCUCUCUAAAAGGGUGAGUAUUUAACAUGGUUUUUAGUUUGUAUUUCAUCUUUAAGGUUUUUUUCUUGUUCUCAAAAAAAGCAUUACAUUUGGUCCACAUUUUUUUUCAGAUUUGAAAAGGGCCCUUUCUCAAAUGUAGUAAAUUAUUUCAUUUCAAUUUGUGAAAGCAGGAUUUAACUCUGAAAGAAGCUUUGCUAAUGUGUCUAUUCAUGGUCAAGUGAAGAAAAUCUAAUAAACUUUCAGGCCAAAUAAGAAUAUAGUACAUUUUGUCUGGUCAAACUCAACACAGAGAUUCCAGCUUAAAAGCAGUAUAUGGGAAUAGACAUUCCUAAUUCCCCACAGUCGUAUAGCAGAUCAAAAUAAUUAUAUGAUUCUUCAUUAAGAAUAAGCAUUAUUUUGGGAUAUGAGUGGCUUUCUCAAGAAUACAUUUGGUGGCACCUUGUGCUUUCUCAUCAUAUUAGUUCAUAUUUCAUAUAUAUAUGAAAUAUAUGUGAUAUAUAUAUAUAUGAAUUAUAUAUAUAUUCCUAGAAAGGGCUAAUGUGAUGAUGCAUAUACUGAGGAACAGAGACUUGGAGCACCUGCAUUCUCAACCUAGAGUGGUCAGAUAGCCCAGUUCAACCCCGUGAAUUAGGCUGAAGCGUAUGGAAUUGCUGCGCUUGUAGUUGAGAAACUGUCCGAUAUCAGCAAUUUCAUAUGCUUCAACAUAAUGUUUUUUAAUUAUUUUCUUAGAUCUCAAUAGACUCAAUUGUUUUUAGCUGUUUCACCUUUUGAAAGUGUUUCAAAAGAUGCCCUUUGUCUGAAAGGACCACCUGUGUGACCUGCUCUUUUUUCAAUAUUGUACAUUGGUUUAUGUCAAAGAAAAAAUUAAUAAAAUUAGUAAAUGAAAAAGAUCCUUUAGUGCAUCAUUAUUGCAAUGUUAAUGAGUUCCUGUGACCCAGACUAACUCCUUCCACUCAUAUCUUCAGCUCACCUUAUGAAAUGAAUGGAUAGUUGAGAGUCCUUUUUUUCCCAGCACUUAAAAGCAACAUGUGAGAUUAUUACAAAAAUUGGGCCAUGUGUAUUUAGAUGGUAAUUUUCACAUGAAUGUCCUCGGACUAGCAAUUUAAAUUACUUUAUUUUCUUUGAUUUUCAAUUUGAUUUGAAAGAGCACAAAGCUGAUACGUAUUUCUGCAGCAGAUAGGAUAUUAAAAUCAGGUCAUGUGUACACACUGCUCUAUAAUGUACCUUUUGUAUCCUGUUAUAAAUAGGCAAGAUGAUUGUAGUACAUUUUGUUCUGCCGAUGGCAAGAACAAAGUUUUUCAAUUCUAGAACAUGGAUUUUUUAACCUAAGUCCCAAAACACCAAAAAUAUAAACAAAAUAAGAGAAUAUUAUGGUGAUGUAAUUUAAUUAAAGUUAUAUUUUGUGUUAAUUAUUUUAAACAACUGAAGUCCUUAGGCACUGUCUUUCAUUUCAUUUUCAGCAAAACUGCAGUUAAGUUUACAUAUGUAUUCACAUCCUGAAAGGUGAAUAAUUAAAAUAGCACUUAAGUUUGUGUUUCUGCAUACAUUUUUGGUAUACUGUGCACAAUUAAUAUUACACAUAUAAGUUGUAUGAAAUUUAUAGAACUCAAUGAUAUUUGUCAUGACUCCUUUAUAAAUAGUACCCAUUCUUUUCAUUGAUUGUUUUUAAUUUGUACAUAAGUCUAUUCUGUCAUUUCCAACUUUAUAUAAAUCUCUAAUGUUAUGGAAAACAUAAUAGAUUGACACAUAAUUUUUAAAAACUAUAUUUGUAAAAUUUCUCUAUUGUGAAUAAAGCCUUUUAAUAUAUCUC